AUUAACUUUUUCGAGCACAGCGGCAAAUCUGUGGCGCUGCACACGCUCCCGAGUGGAUUUCGUACGUUAUUGAUGCUCGAAACCACAGCGCAGUCCAACUUGCCGUGAGUUUUUGGCCAUAAUUAAGCUUAGCAGGUCCUGCUCGCGGCAGCGAACCCGUCGCAGCGAUGGAAGACACCGAUUCGACGCAGCAGGAGCAGCAAGUUCUUGUGGCAACUAUGGAAUUGCCUGGCCCUGUCGGAAAAUCCGCGGAACGAGGUGACCUGCAAGCCGUCGAGGCUUGGCUCGAGGGGCCGUCCUCAGGGAUCGAUGCCAUGGACAGCUAUCGGUGGACUCUUCUCCAUCACGCGUGUUUGGCAAAUCCGAUAACCGCGGAUAGUGUGGCGGUAGCUGAGUACCUUCUGUCCCGCGGUGCGUCAGUGAACAUCGGAGAUUCUUCAGUGUUGCACUGUGCGGUUGCGCGCCCUUCCACUAGUCACGCAACCGACAUGAUCGGUCUACUCCUGCGCGCUGGGGCUGAUGUUGACGCCAGGGACGAUGAUAGCAUGUCUCCGAUCGCGUGGGCCAUGGACGAGAUCAUGAGUAACCGCAGUGAAAGUGAUCUGACGAGGGCGCUGGAAUGCGUGGUUCAGCUGUUGAGGCACGGCGCGUCGUUAGCUGACGGUCAUUUUGGUUUGAAAAAUAAUGAGCAUGUACAUAGUGAGCCCCGUUCGCUCGAGGAUUUUUUGGCUUUUCGAACAGAAUUUGAAGGCCUCACCACCAACAGGCACUGGAUCGAUUGCCAAGCCAUCGUCACCGGUGUGAAAACGGCCGGGAGCUGGCGGGCGUUCCGCGACGAUAAGACCAAUCCGUGGCGAGCCUACGAGCGCGUGCCGCGCAAGGCUGUGCUCCGCCUGCGGUCCCUCGUCGCGCGCAAACGCGCGAAGACCACCAACCCCCUGUUCAACGCCCUGUUCGCCAGUCCCAACGAGAUCGUCUGGCACGUGCUGGGCUUCUGGCGCGUGCGUAUCCCGUCGGAGUAA